AUGCUAGACAAGGCGCUCAAUGGCAAUAAUGAUCAGCCGCCUACUGUCGCUCCCCAAGUCAAACGAGCACGCCAAGCGCGAGGCAUGCAGCAAAAGACAGAUACAUGGAAGGUGAGCAGCAAUGGAUUGACGAUGUGCAAGCAGCUCCACAAUCAAGCAAUUGUGCUGUGCCUCUCGCUAAGGACCCCUGUUCUCGCCGCGCCCCUCCAGAAUGGAGAUGGCCAGUUGCGCUUCAAUGGUGGUCGGGGUCAGCCAGAGUACGACUUUUUGAUGGAUCGGGAUGGGUUCCAAUUCUUUAGUCAGCAGUGGAGUGAGCCUUCGAUUCAGCGUCAUGCCACAACUCCAAAGAAGGACCUACCUUGUAG